CGCCCUAUCGUCCAUUCCGGCACUCGCAGACCUUCCUGGCGACCCUCGGCUGCCUCGCUGCCUUGCGCCGAGCCAAGGCAUCUCGUAGCAAGCCGUAUCAUGACCGCCUCGCUGGUGCACAGCGCCGCCAUUGUUCUCUCAACCUUUGCCGUCUCGCUGCUCUUUCUCUGGCUGCUGGCUCGCUAUGUUGCCGACAGCUACGGCUUCCGAAUCGGCCUGAGCCCAACUUCGAUUCAGGUCUCCAACCUCCGCUUCGCUGCGUCCAGCAUCCAGGUCUCGCUUGGCUCCAUCCGCAUCGAAUGGUUUCGGUGCUCCGAUGCACUCAUCCGCAUAGUAUUGGAAUCGCCACACAUCGUCUCGACUCUGCCCGCAGCAACCCACCAGCGCCAGGAGCGGCCUCCCACAAAGUCUAUCGAGGCUGUCGCUCGACUCCUGAAGACGGCUGCUCUGGUUGCGCGCAAUGCAUACAUCCUCAAGUUUAUUCUUGGUUGCUGGUGGACGAGCAUCCUCAUCCAUGAUCUGCAGCUCGAGCUCCACACUCACGCGGGCAUCGGGCCCUUGCGCUUUGAACAGUCUCUGAUAUCGUUUGGAUCGCUGCGGAAACAGAGUCAAGAUAGCAGCCUCGACGACUGGCUGCAUGUCUUUGGCUAUGUCAUUGAGUUCUCGACCUUCAGACUCGCAAGCGGCUCGCAAGACAAAUCGGUCACCUUGGUCUCGACUGGUGCCGAUCGGACCCAGAGGCUAGUUCUCCGAAUCGGCGAAAAGAGGACUGCCCCCGGCGAAAUGGUCGACGUUCAAGUCAUCUCUGACGGCCUGGGCAUCUCUGUAACCGGGCUACGAGAGCUCAUUGCAGGCCCCAGCGCCUGCGACAUACCAACGACCCCAUAUCCCCCGGGCACGGCUUCCGAGCUGCCGGCAAGCAGUCUCCAUCAUGGACCCAAUUCCGGCAGCAUUCUUGCACAAAUCAACAAGCUUCUGGGCUCUCUCGAGAAUCUGAAUGUCGCCGUCGGUGUGGUCCUCAAGGACCUCUGCAUCACAGCGUCAGAGAGCGCCAGCACAACAGACGAAGCCGGCGUCCCACCGGCAGUCGUCAGCCUCAAACUCAACGAGAUGCAGCUCACAGUUACGGCCAUAUGCUCCAAAGACAGGCCAGCCAUCCAGGCCUCUGCCUCAGUGAAGCUCAAGGGCGCUCAUGCCGAAACGUCCGGCGCAUACGCUGCAAGCUAUCGAAAGAGCACUCUGGUAGACCUGGAUGAACUCGGAGUGGUGCUCGACAUGACGGUCGAAAACACAGAGGCUUAUCUCGUGAGCUCCAGCCUCGAUGUCUCUGUCGUCCGCCCGACGCUGCAUGUGUCGAACGUUGCUCUUGAGCACAUCCUUGCGAUUGUGUCCAAAUCUCUUCCGCCGCGGGCGUCACCGCCGAGCAACCCGCCGCCAUCCACUCCGGUCCCUGGGCCAACCGAAUUGCCGGGCUUGCGAGACCUCGUGCCGCUCCUGCGAUUCAAGUCAAAUAUCAAGAUCAGCCACGUCGUGCUUGGCGCCAGCUGUGUCUCGAAUCGGCCGGGUGGACUGGAGUCCCUCGUCACCUUUGGCAUUCGAAACAUCGUCGUAAAGGCGGAGAAGCUGGUGGGGGAUGCCUCCAGCAACUCCAGCACCGAGAUCAACACCAUCGAUCAAUUCUCAGUGAUAGUGAGCGUGAGCCAAGCCGAGCUUGCAUACGGUCUCGCGCGACCAUCAUAUCACGAGGCUGUUGUCGCCCAGCGCAUCGCAACGGUGCCGUCAUUGAACGUGGGAUCGGUUCUGUCGCUGGAUGCCAACUUUGGCAUUGACGUCAAGACUGGGAUCGAGAUCCCCGAGGUCUGUCUCGCUGUGUCAAGACUGGACUCGUCGGACACAUUCGAGCGACACCACAUGGGCGCCUUUGACCCAUGGGAGAGACUCGAGGCCCACGAGCUGUUCGUUUCGAAUCUGGAUGCUGCAGUGACCGCCCUACUUCCCAAGUUGCGCGACGUGAUGGGCAGCUCUGCGAACAGGCCCGCUCGUCCGUCCAGCGACGCCGAUGGGAGCGCAUAUCCGGCUUUCUUCCAGACCCAGGCGAUGAUAUCCAAGCUCAGCAUCACCGCCACAACAGGCCGGAAAGACUUUGGAGUGGUAUUGCAAGUGACUGACUGUGUUGCCGAGUCGACGAGCGACUGUAUCCUCCAUUGCUCGCUCGAGACGUGCUCGGUACAGUCUCUGUUUAUGACUGACGACAAAUCGCUGACACAAGAUGUACUCGGCAAUCCCCUGACGAUCGCCAAGCUGGACGCAACUGUUUCACGUUCGAGUCCCGGGGACGUGAUUGUUGACGUUGAAGUGAACAGCGUCGACAUUGAUUUCAACAUCGGCAUUGCCUACACCAUCCUGCAUACGUUUGCAGAUCUCCGGGUGAUGGCAAAGUCUUUCCAAGCUGUUGCGGCACGGAUGCCUCUUAAAGGCACCAAAGGAAACCACUCUCCAUCAGGUCCAUUGAUUUUGAUCCAAAGCACACUGUCGCAUCUGCGCAUACAUGCAGAGCUUCCAGGAAAACUGGAGGCGCGAAUCCAGGCCAGCCCCGUCAGCAUCCACGCUGUCAAUCAAGGCAAAGUCAAGGUGCUGGUCGAGCGCAUUGGAGUCCAUAUCGAUGAUCCUUCGGACGAAAAAGUGUCUUUUGACCUAGUGACCGGCACAGAGCUUGAGGUGAACCUUUCGAAGCAGCAAAGCACGUCCGAGGCACGCCGCUCAACCGUCAAGAUCGAGGUUCGGGGAGGGGAGUACGAGCUGGUCGUGCCCCACAACUUUGAGUUCUCCAACCUGCUGGAAGACACGGUAAACACUGGAAAGGCGCUCAAGAUUCUCGCCAAGCGCCUGUUCAGCGAUAGCGAGGAAGAGCUAGGUGAGGCGGCCAGCUACCCGACCCGAAUCCAAAACGACCGACUUCCUAUCAUUGUGGUAGAGGUCCGUCGAUUGCAUCUCAAGCUCAUGGACGAUCCAUUCGAAGUGCAGCUGCGCCAGAGCUAUAUCGCCGGCAUGCAGGAGCAAAUUGGACGGAUUGCUCGUGACGCAGCGUUCCGAAAGAAGGCAAAUGCGAUGCGAAGCAAACGAGAGACCGAUGCGGAAGCAGGCGGACCAUCGACGCUCGAAGAGAUCGAGAAGGCAUGGUGGCUGUUACAGACAUUCAAUUCUGACUCGUGGAUCAGCCGCAUCAAGGCCUUCAAGUCCAAGGAAGGCCCCGGUCAAUGUCCGCUUGUCUGGUGUACCAUUGAGGGGAUUUCCAUCUUGGUUGAGCCGCCAACGUUGCCGGCCGAGACUGUUGAGGAGUCUCUACACAUCCUGGACGCACAAACGCCUGCCGAUCUUGUCUACGACGAAGUGAUUCCUCGAAACGUAACGCUGACGCUGGCAUCGCUGACGCUCCGGCUACGAGACUACCCGUUCCCACUCGUGAAUGUCCCGGCUGAAGGUCUGCGCAUGUUCAAAACCCAGGGGCUUCUGAUCAUCUCAGAGCAAUGCGCCUCGAUCGAGUCCAAGCGCAUCGUCAGUCUGCCUGUCCAUCCACUCCUCCAUGUCGAUCCCCUGGUGGUUACACGCACGAUCAACCCAACCAAGGUCUACGCCCGAAUGCAGACCAACGUGAUCACAUCGUCGACAAUCUUCUUCUGCUGGGGAGCGUGCUUUGAAGCGCCGCUGGCAGAUAUGGUCCGUGUACUCGAUACCUUCACCAAGGCUAAUGUCGAUCCGAGUCCCCCGGUUGGCUGGUGGGACAAGCUCCGCCUGAUUAUGCAUGGUAGCCAUAUCCUCAAGUUCUCUGGCGGCGGCGACUUGCGUCUCCGGGUUCCUAGCACCGCGUCGCCCUAUCUCGACUCCAAAAAGUUCUCAGAUCAUGCUGGCGUGGAGCUGGUCAUGUCCAAGGGCAUCACGAUCCUCAGUGGUGGAGCAACCCAUGCAGCCACCGGUAUGACCGAAGACACAGUCAUUGAGUGUGGCGAGUUCUGCUGCGUCGCCCCAAAGGUUCUGGUUGAAGGACGGCGGGGCCAUGGAUGCGAUGUCGUCGUCGCCAGGCUCCGCGGUGGCAUCCGAGUCGGCGUAGGUGUCGACUACUUCACAUCCUCCAACCCAGAGAUGGGUCAACACAGCGAGGCGCCGGUGUAUCGCGACCACAGCCAAAUUGUGCUGAGGCAUCCGAUGUACGCCCUCGCCGACUCUGGGGAUAAUUUGGCGCCGCUACCGAACUCGACAGACUCCCAGAUCUCCCCACCUGAAUACGACGCCUUCCGGGGAUUCCGGGCCACGAGUCUGCAAAUCACCAUCAACAUCCAGUCUCCAAGACCCCUAUAUUACUCAAUCAACACGCCACUCAAUGGCCUGUAUCUGAAUCCAGAGAUCCUAUUCCGACUGAAGAAACUGUCGGAAGUGUACCAGUCGCCCCUAACCAAUCUGCCGAUCCGAAGUGGAUCGCUGUGGUCCAAAGUCAGCCUUCAGCCGCGCAAACCCAAGUUCAGCCGAGCCAUCGGCUCUGUGCGCAUUGCAGCAACUCUCCACCCACUCGUAGCCAGCUUGAUCAACCAGACGGAGGAUGCCAAGGGAGGAGUCGGUAUCCGCUGCCGCACCGCAGAGAUGGCCGUAGACAUGACUCUGUACCAGCAGUUUGUGACCCAGAGAAGUCGCGAUGAUCUGCGCAUCCGCAAGGAUGUUUCAAAGUGGAAGCUCGAAGACUCGGAGAUUAUCUUCACGGACUUUGAAGCGCGCACUCUCAGCUUUGGUAGCUGUGUCGGCGAUCUUGAGAACGAGGGUCUACCGUCAGCGCCCUCUCAGACAAACUGCAACUUCAACAACAAUAUGGACGCUGAUAUGGACGAGUCGCUCGAGUGGUCCAUGAAGGAAGACCUGAUUUACGUCGAUCGCAUUGAGGAUAUCACGAUGAACUCGUUCCUGUGGACGCCAAAGCUGUUCUACUAUCGACGGAGCAAGAAAAAGCGACACAUCGCCAAGCGGGACAAGGUUCUUCCGGAGCAAGAGACAUGGAGCACGCAGAUCGUCCUGUUCAAGCAACGGCUGCAGGAGAUCGAGGCAUCGAUCCACCGCUAUCUCUCUGAGCAGAGCGACCUUGAGCAGCGCGGAGAAUUCUAUGACAACUCACUGUACCAGCAGAAAAGCAACAUUAUCCGCGAGAAACUCGCGGUACUGGGAGAAAAGAAGACAGUCGUCGAGAAGUACAUGAAAAAGUGCACCGAGAAUCUCAAGCGGUCCAAGAACGCAGCCCUCUCGGGCCUGCUCCAGCAGCAGCACACACACUUUUCGCACUACUAUAUCCUGCACAACAUCAAUCUGUACUGGAAGAAGAGCAUCCGCAAUACCCUGCUCCGGCUCAUCGAUCUGCAACAAAAGAGAAUUGCCAUCCACUACUUUCUGUCAAUGACAAGUCUCAAGAAUGUACAGGACUGGCUGACGUCGGUGUACGAGCGAGCACCCAGCAACGCCGGGGCAGAUUCGGUGCCGCCCGUGCCGGGAGUGCUUGCCAAGACCGCCAAGGCUGUGCCGUCGGAAAGCCUGUCGGUCAAGAUGCUCGACGACAAGGACGCCCUUGAGCUUCUGCAAACACUCUUGGAUGAACGCAGCACCCGGUUCGUUGUCCACGACCAAGCCGGCGACGAGGGCGUGUCAUGGAGCUCGACACAGGGAUACCAAGAGGACGACGAGUACGCCUCUCGGGCCGGCGUCAACGACAAGUACAUCCGCUCGGACAACGUUGACUCGCCCGACUAUGUUUCCGAAAUGCAUCGCCCAUCGGAAAACUACAUCAUCCACUUCAUCAACCCACAAAUCAACUUUGAGUCGUAUCCGAAGAACGCCCCUGGCCAACUCGAGGCGGUCGUGGUUGCGGCUCAGACAAUGCAGCUGCGGCAAAUUGACAUCAUCGACGCCUCGAUCAAUAUUGACGAAGAGCUGGACUUGCAGGAGAACAUUGUGAAGAAGCGGACGAUUCUCAACGUCCACAACGCUCAGCUGUUUGCCCUUCGCAAGUUCGACAUCGAGGGCGCAGCCGAGACGGAUCUCGAAAACAUAUCCAUGACUCGCCAGAGCUGGCCGGCAUGGGUGCCCCUCGAAUGCCUCAUCGACCACUCGUCGCACACAGGCCAUCUCAACCGGAUCGUCGAACAGACUUCGGCCAGCUUCCACCGCGACCAACUCAACCCUUUGUAUCUCAAGAAGGUGGGCUCGCAGCAAGACCAUCCUCUGGACCUGUGCGAUACCGUGCAUGUCAACUUCCCCAACUUUGCUCUCACGGCCAACGCGAGCCACUACCUCGUGCUGUUCAACGUCAUCACCGAGCUGCUGGUCUACGAUGAUCCGCAUGUACGUGAGCGGAGCCAGCAGGUCCGCAAAAUGAUGCUGGCGAUCGAUCAGAUGGAGGACGUCCAGAAGAUGAUGGCCACGGUGGUCUCCCUCAGCCAAAAGAUCGAGAGUGCAUCGACAAUGCUGCGAUCUGUUGUUGGCACCCUGAAUUUGGGCGUGCCCGAUCUCGAAUAUUCGGGAAACAGCAGGGCCGAGAUUUACAAGCACCUGAGUCGCUACAGGGACGAGCUCUACGUUGUUAUGCAAGCCAUCAGCAAGUUCCACAGCACCGAAAGCAAGCGGAGAGACAUCACGCCAUCCAACAAACUCUUUGUGCACAUUGGCACGGUCGCCUGGAUCAUGCUGCUCGAUUCGGGCGACCGGCUGUGCGAAUGGAAGCUGACACAUGCCAGUUUUGGCUGGACACACAACCAAGAUCAGUCCAACGUCUUUCAGUUCGACAUCGAUCACGUCCUCGUCGAAAAUCUCAGCAAAGCGCCCGGUGGCUUCCGAGAGGUCGUCUCGCCGUACUGUUCGGACAAGAAGAAGAUAGAUUUUCGGCGGCAGAAGAUGCUCCGCGUCUACUGGAGCGAGAUGGCGCCGGUCGGCGGCAUCGCCGUGAUCGAUCACCUGGAGAUCAACUUUUUCCCACUCCUGAUCCAGAUGACCUAUGAUCUGGGCAAGCAGCUGCAGCUCUACAUCUUUCCGGAGAAGAAGCUGCGAUCCGCUGAGAAGGAUGCGCGGACUGGUGGGAUGCGAACGGCUGUUGCCACCGUCACUGGAGGUGAGGCGACGCAGAGGCCAAAGAAGGGCACUGGCUCGGGUCUGAGCGAGUUCAAAGUGAUGCAGGCCAGGGCAUCGGAGAACCGAUCCUUUAUCUACAUCAAGGUACCGGGUGUGCAACACUGCUUGAGCUACAAGGGUCCACGGGAGAAGAAUCUGGAGGACUUGAAUCUAUUCGCCUUCCGCAUGCCGACCCUGGAGUACCGGAACAAGACCUGGUCCUGGCUUGAUAUUCUGGAUUCGAUCAAGCGAGACGCUGCCCGAGCUGUAUUCAACAACACCGCAUCCCUCAUCAAGGAGAAGCUCAUGAAGUCGCGGAAGCCCGUCGACGGCGAGGGCAACACCACAGACUCGUCCGUGCAGACCAAGCCUGCCUCAAUCCCAUCCGAGGACGACGCCAUUGGCGCCGUGAGCGGGACAGAGUCCGGGGUCAAGAAGAAAGCGGCGAUCCUCAAGGCACUUCUGAACCGAAAUACAAGUUAGAAUCCCGUCGUGAACGAGAGCGGGUCGACGGCGCCCACAGAUGAGAUGAUCCAGGCCAGCGUUGGCCAACUGAGCGUGUGCUCGCUGGCUCGGAUGAU